AUGUCGCUGAAGAAUGUCCUCGCCUUCUUGGCUGCGGCCCAGGCCGUCACUGCAGACUCGUCGCACCCCGUGUACUUCCGCAAGGCUGGUGCGGACACCGCCAAGGGUGUUGCUGCUUUCAAGAGCCUCGCCCUUGCUUCUACUGGCGAUGGGUCGCUCGUAAAUGAGCAAGGAUUCUGGUUCUCUCACUUCACCAUCGGCGCCAGCAAGGAUCUCGAGAUCCUGAUCGACACUGGCUCCUCAGAUGCCAUCAUGAACCCUGGCAUCUACCAGCCCAGCUCUACCUCUCAGGAUCAAAAACGUCGUUUCAGAAUUGCGUACUCGACGACGAACCCCGAUGGUUCAGGCUCCCUUGCCGCCUCUGGUCAGGUGUACCACGACGUUAUUACCCAGCUUGGCGCCAAUCUCACCGUCUCGCAGCAAGCCCUCGGCGCCAUUGACAGCCCAAGUGCGCCUCCCACCUUCCCUCACGACGGCCUCAUUGGCUACGCCGGCCUGGACAGGGCUGCUCUCCGCGAGAAGCCCUUCUUUCUCUCCCUGUGCGAUUCUGGGGCCCUGUCCGCCUGCCGAUUCGGCCUUGCUUUCCGCACCGACGGCACCGGCCAGCUGCACUACGGCACCGUUGCCACCGACGAGUUCUCCGGUGAGCUCACCGCCGUCCCAACGACGGGCCUUUGGGCCCUCAACGGCAGCGCCACCGUCAACGGCAAGACAGUCGUUGGUAAUAUCGCCAUCACUACUGACUCGGGCACCACGGUCAUUUUCGGCCCCAAGGAGGCUGUCAAAAAGCUUUUCAAAGCCGCUGGCAUUACAGCGAAGAAUACCGGCAGCACUAUCGAGGGUCACUACGACUGCGCAAAGCCCCCUACUGUGGGCUUUAACCUUGGCGGCAAGAAUUUCAACAUUGACCCUAAAGCGCUCGCCUUUAAGCAGGAUGAAAAGGGCAACGACUGCACCGCUAGUAUUUUUGGCACGGCUGACUUCGGCAGCAAUUGGCUCGUCGGCCAGGCCUUCUUCCAGGGUCGUUACAUUGAUCACAAUGUGGAUGACGAGACCAUGGGCUUCGCUGACCUCAAGUAA